CAUGUAGUCUUGUGAGAAUUUUUUCAUCUUUCAAAUUUCGUGAUUUUUGUUUCACAGCGUCGGAAAAGUGCGAAAAUUUAUCUGCGUGAAUCCAGCGAAUCCAAGCUUGAGGAAUUAACUCAAAAUGUCCGCCUUCCCGGGUUCAAUCGCCUUCGACGAAUAUGGUCGUCCAUUUAUAAUUUUACGUGAACAAGAACGCGAAAAGCGCAUCACUGGAACCGAUGCUAUCAAGAGUCACAUUUUGGCCGCACGCCAAAUCGCUGGUACCCUGAAAACAUCACUGGGUCCAAAGGGUUUGGAUAAGAUCAUGGUUAGCUCUGAUGGCGAUGUGACCGUUACCAAUGAUGGUGCCACAAUAAUGAAAUUGAUGGAAGUCGAUCACGAGAUUGGCAAACUCAUGGUACAAUUGUCACAAUCACAAGACGAUGAAAUCGGUGACGGCACCACUGGCGUAGUUGUUUUGGCCGGUGCUUUGCUCGAGCAAGCUGAAAGUCUUAUUGAUCGUGGCAUUCAUCCAAUUCGUAUAGCUGAUGGUUUCGAAUUGGCUGCACAGUGUGCUGUCAAGCAAUUGGAAUCUAUUGCCGAACCAUUCCCCAUCGAUCCCAAAAAUAAGGAACCACUCGUGCAGAUUGCUAUGACUACGCUGGGCAGCAAGAUUGUGAAUAAGUGUCACUUGCAAAUGGCCACAAUGGCUGUCGAUGCUGUGUUGAAUGUGGCUGAUAUCGAGAAGAAAGAUGUGAAUUUCGAGUUGAUCAAAAUUGAGACCAAAGUCGGUGGACGCAUGGAGGAUUCCAUGCUAGUGAAAGGUGUUGUGGUUGACAAAACCAUGAGUCAUGCACAAAUGCCAAAAGUGUUGAAAGAUGUCAAGCUUGCUAUACUCACCUGCCCAUUCGAACCACCAAAGCCCAAGACCAAGCAUAAGUUGGAUGUCACUUCGGCUGAAGACUACCGUGCGCUGCGUGAAUAUGAACAGGAGAAAUUCGUGCAGAUGGUUAAACAAGUUAAAGAUGCUGGUGCCACUUUGGCUAUUUGUCAGUGGGGCUUCGAUGAUGAAGCCAAUCAUUUGUUGUUGCAACACGAAUUGCCUGCAGUGCGUUGGGUCGGUGGACCUGAGAUUGAAUUGAUUGCUAUUGCCACCGGUGGCAGAAUUGUACCACGUUUCGAAGAAUUAACUGCCGAAAAGUUGGGUACUGCUGGUUUAGUGCGUGAGCUCUCUUUCGGUACUUCCAAGGACAAAAUGUUGGUUAUUGAGGAGUGCAAGAAUUCCAAGGCUGUAACUAUUUUCCUGCGUGGUGGCAAUGCCAUGAUCAUUGCUGAAGCCAAGCGUUCUAUACACGAUGCACUUUGUGUUGUGCGCUCGUUGAUUAAGGAUAAUCGCAUUGUUUACGGUGGUGGUGCUGCUGAAAUCAGUUGUUCUCUGGCCGUUGCCAAGGAAGCCGAUCAGUUGUCCACUCUGGAGCAGUAUGCCUUCCGUGCCUUCUCCGUGGCUCUUGAGAACAUACCGCUGGCUUUAGCCGAGAACAGUGGUUUGCAUCCAAUCGAAACAUUGUCCGAGUUGAAGUCGCGUCAAGUGGCUGAGAAAUGUCCCAGCUUGGGUGUGGAUUGCAUGCUGUCCGGUGAUUCUGAUAUGAAGAAUCACAAUGUUGUCGAAUCGCUGCAUUCCAAGAAACAACAGAUUCUCCUGGCCACACAGUUGGUGAAAAUGAUACUUAAGAUCGAUGAUGUACGCUCCAAGGAUGGGCAACAAUAGAUGUGCAAAAACCGAACAGCAUUAAUACAUACAACACACACUAAACUCAUCUCAUCAUCUAUCUAAAACGCAUUUGUCACCGCCUGUACGUCUGCUUCACUUUUAUAAAAACAAAAUUAUAAUAACUCUCACUAUGAUUCUAUGUUUUCAAAGGAUGCGUGCGCACUUACAAGAAUACACUGCUCAUUUGCGCCGUUGAUAAAUUUGUAAUUUGUUUGCUUAAUUAAUAAAGUACUAAAAGAAGGAACAAAUUUAA